AUGCCCUCCGCCGCUUUCCUCCUCCUCCUCCUCCUCCUCCUCCUCCUCCCCGGCCGGAGCAGAUGCCAGCUCUCCCCGGGGUCCAGCCAGCCGACCCCUCACGACUUGCUCUACGCUGACGGGGUGCGCGCGUAUUUCGCCCAGGACUGGCCGCGGGCGGCCGAGCUCCUGCAGCGCUCCCUGCACAGCUACUCGCAGGUGUUGGGGGUGCGCCGGGAGUGCCAGGGCACAUGCCAGGACGAGGCCAGCUUUGCGGGGCGGCCGCCUCCCCGGCCUUGGGAGAUGGGCUUCUUCGACCGGGUGCUGCAGCGGGCAGAGUGCCUAGAGGAGUGUCUGGCGCGCAGGCUGGGCGGCCAGCCGUCCCGCCACAGGGCCAGCAGAGAGAUCCAGCAGGACUUUGUGGAGAGGGAGCCCUACAAUUACCUGCAAGUUGUCUUCUUCAAGCUGAAGAAACUGGAUGAAGCGGUCUCCUCAGCUUACACGUUCUUCGUGGCCAAUCCACAGCACCUACAAAUGCGUGAGGAUAUGGAAAAAUACCAUCGCAUGGCUGGGGUGAAAUCAGAAAGCUUUCGGGAUCUUGAGGCCAUGCCACACUGGGUGGCAUAUGAAGCUGGAGUGCAUCAUUACAGUAUGGAUGAGUACCAGCAGGCGGUGACAAAGCUGGAGGAAUCACUCAGAGAAGGGCUGCUGGCACUGGAGGACUGCAGAGCCCUUUGUGAAGGGCCCCAAGAGGAUGAGGAUAAAGAGGAGGAGAUGCAACUUGGCCUCUAUGAAUCCAUUGCAGCUCACUACAUCCAGGUCUUGAAGUGCAGGCAGAAAUGCAUUCUUCAUGUUGCCACCAAACCAGGCAGGGUGUCUUCCACAGAAGACUUCAUCCCGUCUCAUUUUGAUUUGCUGCAGUUUGCCUAUGGAAGAGUUGGAAAUGUGGCCGCUGCUGCUGAAUGUGCAGCUACGUACUUGCUGUUCUAUCCGUCGGAUGAGGCGAUGCUAGAGAAGCUGAAACGGCAUCAAGCGGAGCUGGGAGAACAAACACCGGUUGCAGCCAGAGAGAUCAUCCGCCAUUAUGUGCAGAGGUCUCUCAUGGAGAAAAAACUGAUUUACUAUGCAAUGGAGCACCUCGGGGAGACUUUUGAUGACCCUGAAUUGUGGACUCCUGAGGAACUGUUCCCUGAAAACAUGAAGGAAAAACACAGAGAAGAUCAGCAGAAGCUAAGCCUAAAAGCCUCAGAUAAGGGACAAGAAGAACACAGUGCACCACUACCGUUUGAGGGCCUCACCAUCACCAUGGAUUCCCAACAACUCAAUGGCUCCCAAAGAGUUGUCUUGGACAGAGUACUGACUGAAUCUGAAUGCAAAGACAUCCUCCGCCUGGCUACGGCAGCUGGAGGUACAGGAGAUGGCUAUCGUGGAAGGCGUUCGCCUCACACCCCGCACGAGAGAUUUGAAGGCUUAACAGUGUUAAAAGCUUUGCAGCUGGCUGAGGAAAGUGCUGUGAACUGGAGGGAUGCUAAACUACUCCUGCAAGCUAGUGAAAAAUCUCGGAAAAUUGUGGAAUCCUAUUUCACCCCAGGGAAAAGCCUCUACUUUUCAUUCACACACCUUGUGUGUCGCACAGCUACAGAAGGCAAACAAGAAGGCCGGAUGGACCUCAGUCACCCAGUCCAUGCUGACAACUGCCUCUUGGAUCCAGAGGGAAACUCAUGUUGGAGGGAGCCUCCUGCCUACGUAUACAGAGACUUCAGUGCAAUCCUCUACCUGAAUGAUGAUUUCCAAGGGGGGAACCUCUUUUUCACUGAGACAGAUGCUGUGACCAUGACAGCCCAGGUGCGCCCUAAAUGUGGAAGACUGGUGGCCUUCAGCUCUGGUGGGGAGAACCCCCAUGGUGUGUGGGCAGUGACGCGUGGAAGGCGCUGUGCCGUUGCCCUCUGGUACACCCUCUCUCCAGAGCAUGCAGAGCAGGAACGGGCCCAGGCAGAAGAGCUGAUGAGGCGGAAAGAGAGCGAACAGGAACCGUCACAUGCAGUUGACAGGGAGAAUACAAGCCCUGAACAUAGCAGUGGAAACGCACCGGAGCCUCCUGCUCCUAAGGGAAGAGCCAGAUCCACUAGCCGAAGGACCAAAUCGAAUUCGGAGUCUGGGGUGCAGUCUGUGGGGCUGCGUGCCAGGGAUGAGUUCUGAGCAUAUUGGGCCUGCACCAGCUCUUGUAAGGGGCUCACACAAGUGAAUGACUUGGGCGUAUUUAUAACUGCUGGACUUUGUACAAUGAGCUCAAAAGGUCUGCCCCUGUUUCUUUGCGACGUCGCAAGAAAUGACAGCAGAAGGUGACUUUGGACCACAUUAGCCUGAGAAUAAUUUUACCCCAGCAAGGAUGCCAGGUUUGUAAACCAGUGUAGAAUAAUUGCUAAAGGAGACUGACCUGUGAAUCAGGAAAUCCCAGUUCAAAUCUGCCAUAGCCCUUCAUCUACAAUACUGGAAUAAUAAAUACUGGCCUACUGGCUUGUUGUAAGACUAACUGAGUUACUAUGAGAAAUGCUUUGGACAU